UUCUUGAGAGCGCGCGCAGCGUCAGACCUGCUGCACUUGUUCGAGGGGACUGAUGGCACAGCGCGUCAGGCAACGCCACAAACCUGCUCCUACUGUACAUUCAAGAUAGGGUUCGUUCUCUGUGAGUCAAUGUCUGUUAUCUGGAGAUGAAAUCACAUUGAUGCCAAUAACCAUCCCUGGAUUUCCCUGGCCUUAUGUCGACAUGGCAACAGGAAGGAAAAGCUCCACUUCAAAAGGUGGAGUACAUUUCCCUGAUGAUGACGAAGACGCUUCCAUUAACAAUAGCUGUGAUGGAAAGCUUCAGGAUAAACUCAUUGUUGCUCUACCUGAGCCUGAUGGUGCAUAUCUCGUUAAGGUGGGAUUUUUAAGGAGCCAUCACAAAUAUGAAAUCGUCUUUUCUUUGCCCCAAGUCCCAACACUGGGCAAAGAUGUCACCCUCUCCCCUGCGCUUCGUGCUACGGCAAAACCACGGCUACGUGCAACACACAUCACUCCACGCCCUGAGGGGGGAGUGCGGGUGGUUUGUGAGUACAUCGCUCAGCAGGAGGGAGUUGUGCAGGAGGAACUCACCCUGGUCAACAGGAGCAGAAGGGACAGCAGCAUUCGAGUUAGAUUACAGGCCAGGGUUAUGGAGCGCCACCACGGAACACCAAUGCUACUUGAUGGAGUGCGGUGUGUUGGUGAAGAAAAACACACAAAAUAAUGACACGAAGAAAAUGUGACUAAACCAGUUUGCUUUGUGUAAAUGAUAA